AUGCCACACCAGGGAACGGAGUUGUGGCCUCCCAAAGACGCCGAUAGACUCCACGACCCGCUCGCCCAAGAACCCCAACUGGUCUCCUUCAACGAGAUCCCCGAAUGGUACUCAGAUAACGAGUUCAUUCUGCACGGCUACAGACCGAUUUCCAACUCUGCGCCUGCCUGCUUCCAUAGUUGGGGGUACCUGCACAAUGAGACGGCAAAUAUCUACUCGCAUCUUAUCCCAGGCCUGGUCUUUCUCGCGGGCGAGUGGUAUCUGCUCCAGUAUCUGCGAGUGGAAUACCCGAGGGCAACGGUGGCAGACCUUAUGGUUUUCGCGUUCUUUGUGCUGACGACGACGGUGUGCUAUGGGCUGUCGGCGAUGUACCACACGCUGAUGAAUCAUUCUGUCCGGGUGAAUAGUCUGUGGUUGCAGGUUGAUUUGAUUGGUAUUGUGCUGUCGACAUUGGGGAAUUUUGUUUCGGGGAUCUAUGUUAUUUUCUAUUGUGAGCAGGAAUUGAAGAGGGGGUAUUGGGCUAUGGUAUGA